AUGCUGAAGCAAGGACACUAUACCAUCACUAGUACGCCUUUUUACGCUGUGACACCGCUCCUGCUACUGUGCCUGCUCUACCCUGUCCACUCUUGGCACGGCGGCGGCGGUGGUGGCGGCGGCGGAGAUGUCAUGAUGUACGACUCCUGGCAGGGUUCCUCUUCCUCGGACUACGACCAGUACGACGACGGUGGAGCUGGAGGUGGAGGUGGCGGCGGCGGAGGCGGCGGUGGUUUCCCUAUCGACAUGCUCGGUGCUGACAUUGGCGUCGGCAACAUCAUCGACGUGGUCGAAUCCAUCGGCGUGAACGAAGCCACGGGAGUUGACACAACGAUCGGCGGAAGCAGCGGGUCCGACGUGACCAUCGAAGGCGGUAAUGGGGGCAAAGAAGUGAUGGUCGAUAAACCUCCUACACCGGCCAAGCCAAUUUCGAUUUCUCCACCGCCGGCCCUGCCGGAACCGCCGGCACCACCGUCGCCUCCACCGACUCGACCUGUGGGUUACGGCGGUAAAAGGCCACCGCCCAAGAAGACCAGUUCAUACGGCGGACCCGGAGUGAACAUUGUCGGCGACGACGAAGUGUCGGGCGUCGUUGAUCCCCGGGGAUCGCAGUCGACAGUAGGAGUGGCAAGUUUCGGGGGAGAGGUAUCGGACGUCGAAGACCUGACUCUUGUCACCAAGGCUAUCGAAGAAACCGCUGGGAAAUCACCCGGAGACAUCUACGAAGAUGCCGACUUCCCAGACCCGGCGCCAUCCUAUGGCGGAUCCUCGAGAGGAGGCGGAGACAUCAUCAAGGGAGCCGAAGACAUCUACCCGGAUCCAAUCUAUGGGAGAGCAGCGGCCGUGGCUCAGACACACGCGAGCAUCAAGGCUAAGCCUUCGAGGUUAACGCCCAGUGCGGGUAGACUGAGGAUCCGCACUUUCCCUCUCGAUAAAAAGUCCCUGUCUCUCGCAGUCCGAGAUCCACUGCGCGCCAUCACCGAGGUGGAAGGCGGCAGUCGGCCUCGUCAGCGGCACGGUAACAGCGCGGUAGCAGUCCAGAAGGUCAAGUCUUCAAAUCAGGGUUCCAAGAACUCAGCCGAGUGGAAGACGGUGGGCACGUUCCCGUCUCAAGCAGCGGCACAGCCCAAGGGUGCCGUCGGCGUCUCUGGACGCUGGCCUUCCACCGUGGACAACCGGGCCAAGGGAGAUUUUAUGGACGUGACGCCGGUGGUCCUCCACUUGUCCCUCGGCGGUGCUCCGGCCCUCAGGAACGGGGAGAGCCAGGGCAGGAGACCCAAGUGGAUCCGAUCCAUCAUGCUGAUCCCGACCAAGGCCAUGGAGAUGGCCAUGCCCAUGCCGAUGCCUGGAAGACUCAGGAUCCACACGGGGAAACGGACGGUGAACCCCUGAUUUGUCAAGCAGUCUUCAUCGUAACGUCGUGCACGCGCAUCAAGACCUUCGAACAAUCUGGUCGUUGCAAGGAAAGUGCGAGAACGCUUGUUCCGGAUUGCGUUCAAGAGGAUCCCUCAAGUUUCCAUUAGCGUUCCUCUAAGACAUCGUUUGUUUUCUUUAUGAGCCUUUCUGCUUCCAUCGGUCUUUGAGUGUCCUAAUAGUGUUGGAUAUUAGAUUACUUUUUUUCUCAGUUCAUUUUGUUGGUUUUGUUGGAAAUAACUCGGAAUAGAAUGCAAAGAAGAGGUGUUAAGCUCGUAUCUUUCACAUCGUUCAACGAAUCACCGCAGUGUUUUGCCAGUUUACUCGCCUUUCCUUGUGUCUUCCUCUCAGUUUCUAAUGCCUUGCUCUGUCUCAAUUUUAUGUGCUGGUACUUAGCGGUUGGCCAGCACAAAGUCAUUUUGCUUGUAAAACGCUGUGAGGUGAAUAGAAAUAAAGGGUGCUGCAUGCUUGUUCUGAAAUCGCGCUUGCAGCAUAUGGCACGUUU